AUGGGAACUGAGCAUUCCAAAGCGAUGGGUGACAACUGUGACCCCGACAAAGGCAAAGAUGACCCUGCUAAACCUUGUCCUGUGACUCCGCCCCCGCCACCAACGGAAGAUCCCGAUCCACCCCCACCCCCACCAAUUACAGAUGAACCGGAUCCACCACCCAUUACGGAACCACCACCACCAACUCAGGACCCACCAGAUUGUGGUACAUCACCACCAUGUUGUCCAACAAAACCACCCCCACCGACUGGACCCCCUCCACCACCAUGCACCUGCAGUCAAGAGCAGAUCGAAAAAGCCGUCCAAGCCGCAUUUAAACCAUUUAUCGAAGCCUUGAAAAAAUGCCGACCUUGUAAAAGCCCCUCCUCUUCCUCCAAGAAGAAGAAGAAAAAGUUGAAAAAACGUCCAGCUUCUCGUUGCUCAUCAUCUAGUUCUUCGUCCUCGUCGCCGUCUCCACCUUCCAAGAAAAAACAUUGUAAAACGUGUAGCUGUUCGGGAAAGUCGCCCAGAAAGUCAAAGUCAAAAUCAUCGUCCUCAAAGAAACGCCCAAGAAAAUCGUGCACUCCUGUCGCCACACCCACGAAAAAGGUUCCACCGACCCCAUCACCAGCUGAUCGAUGUGCUGGAACCUGUACCACCAAAACACCUCGGAAGUCCGACCGCGUUCCAAAACCCAGCAAGAAAUGCAUCGAUGUCGCCGACACAAAAAAAUCGACGCCUUCGAAAAAGAUCAAGUCCAAACGGAACACGCGUUCAUCAAAUACGAACAAGUAG